AUGUGGGGGUUGGAGUCCCUGGCGGCGCGUGCACUUAAGCCGAGCAGGGGCAAAAAAAAAAAAAGUUGUUUGCCCUUGCAACACUUCUCCUACAUAUCCCCCGCCAUCAUGAGUGAGAAAGAGAUCACUCCGGAUGGCGCGAUCAAUGCGACUGACGCAGAAUUGGCGCUGAAUCACAAUGACAGUGACCCCGAUCUUCAAGCUCGGGAGAAGGCGUUGAUAUGGAAGCAAGACUUGCAUAUUGUUCCUCUUUCCGCCUUUAUCUAUCUCCUUUGUUAUCUGGAUCGAUCGAACAUUGGAAAUGCCAAAAUUAUGAAUGCGGAGACUGGCGAUGAUCUCCUCACUGAAACGAACAUGACCUCUUACGAGUAUACGAUCGCACUGAUGGUCUUCUUGAUCGCCUACGCCCUCUUCGAAGUGCCCUCCAAUUAUUUUCUCAAGAAGCUUAGACCGAGCAGGUGGAUCGCGUUCCUGAUGUUAUCAUGGGGGGCUGUCACAAUGGGGUUAGGCGGAGCACACAACUACGCGCAAGUGACAGGUCUACGUUUUCUUCUUGGAGUCCUCGAAGCUGGCCUCUUCCCGGGCUUUGUCUAUUUCCUAACCUUCUGGUACCGCACCUCGGAACGCUCAUUGCGCGUAGCUUUAAUCCUCGCCUCGGCAACCCUAGCAGGCGCGUUCGGCGGUGCAAUCGCAUACGGUGUAGGACAUAUGAAUAUGGCCCACGGUUUAUCAGCCUGGCGCUGGCUUUUCAUAAUCGAGGGCGCACCGUCCUGCGUAUCCGCCAUCCUCGUUUGGUUUAUUCUCCCUGAUUACCCCGAAACAGCAUCUUGGUUAUCCGAGGACGAAAAGGCGCUUGCCGCGAAACGCCUCGAAAUAGAAGGGUCCAAGGGUGGGGCGCAUGCGAUGACAUGGCAAGAUGCUAAAGAUGUCCUCAUAGACUGGCGUUUAUAUGCACACUACCUCGUCUACUUUGGAAUCUCAGCGCCAUUCUCCAGUCUCUCGCUUUUUACCCCCUCGAUUACCAGCGGACUCGGAUAUACCAGUCUGAAAGCACAGCUCAUGACAGUACCUCCAUGGGCAGUGGCGUACGUCGUAACAACAGUUGUCGCCUGGUCCGCAGACUACUUCAAUAGCCGUGGCCUCCACUCCGCAGCUCUCUCCUUUGUCGGUGCAAUGGGCUUCCUCGCCUCCGCCGUUCUCCCAGCAGACGCAUAUCUCCAUCGCUACGGCUGCCUAAUCGUCGCAACAAGUGGUUCCUUCGCCUGCAUCCCGCCAUUGCUCGGGUGGCUCUCCUCCAACAUUCGGUCCACCGCAGGAACAGGCCUCGCAAUCGCGCUGAACGUCUCCUUCGGCGCCCCCGGUCAGAUCGUUGGAGUAUGGAUCUACAAGUCGGACGAGGCGAAACGCGGGUAUCCGACGGGCCAUUGGACGAAUGCAGCCCUGCUGCUGCUCGUUACUGUGGGGUGUUUGGCGCUGAGGGGGUACUAUGAGUGGAAGAAUCGGCGGUUACGGUUAUCGGGCGGGGAGAGAUUUGCUUAUUGA